AUUGUUAAUGUCAAGUUACCAGUUGAGCCGAGCCGCAGCCACACCUUACCCGAGACUGUCUCUCUGCUCUCUCUUCACAGUGGACAUGGCUAUGGACUUGCUCUCCAUCUCUUCUCCUCUCUCUUCUCAUUCCCUCUCGUCUCUCCCAUUUCAGGGUUCCCUCAAACUCCAAAACCCUCUCUUCAAAAUCCCCGCCAUUCUUCCGAAACCCUUCCCAUUGCUCAAAUGUUCCCUCGCUUCUCGCCAGCUAUCGUCCAGUCCCCAAACCCUAGCUCAUGCCGCCCUUUCGGGCCUCGACCUCAAGGAAUUCGAGCAGUUUCCGCAAUUGUCGGCUCCGCAGACGCCGGCGACAGCGAUAAGGGGAGCGGAGGCCGACGCCAUGGGGCUGCUGCUGAAGGAGAGGAUUGUGUUCUUGGGCAACCAAAUCGAUGAUUUCUUCGCCGACGCUAUCAUCAGUCAGCUGCUCUUGUUGGACGCUCAAGAUCCAACUCGAGAUAUCAGGCUCUUCAUCAACUCCCCUGGAGGCUCUCUAAGUGCCACAAUGGCCAUCUAUGAUGUUGUACAGCUUGUGAGGGCUGAUGUUUCCACAAUUGCACUGGGCAUUUCUGCAUCAACAGCUUCCGUAAUCCUUGGUGGUGGUGCUAAGGGUAAGCGCCUUGCAAUGCCCAAUGCACGGAUAAUGAUACACCAACCUCUUGGAGGUGCAAGUGGUCAAGCAAUUGAUGUGGAAAUCCAAGCCCGAGAAGUCAUGCAUAACAAGGAUAAUGUCACAAGAAUCAUAUCAUCUUUCACUGGCCGCUCAUAUGAACAAGUUCAAAAAGACAUUGAUAGAGAUCGAUACAUGUCUCCGAUUGAAGCAGUUGAAUAUGGAAUAAUAGAUGGCGUUAUCGAUAGAGAUAGUAUUAUUCCACUUAUGCCUGUGCCAGAAAGGGUGAAACCAAGACUGAAUUACGAGGAAAUCAGCAAAGACCCAAGGAAAUUCUUGACACCAGAGAUCCCUGAUGAUGAGAUAUAUUAGAUGUAAGUGAUUAAGUGAUUGAUACUGGUUUGAGUCAAUGCUUGGGUUAGAUUUUCAGCUUUUAUCAUAUGUCGUAGUUGCAGAUCCAUGAUUGGAUUUUCAUCAACAUUAGUAUCUUCAUCGUUGGAUUUUCAGAUUCCAUUGUGCCUGGGCCGAAGCAAAUACUGUAGCGGGGUCAUGGUCUAGAUGUUCUAUGACUCGUGUUUCCAUUUACGAAAAUGAAUUGUCAGAAAGAUUUUGUUCUGGCUGUCUCAGCACAAGCAUUUGUAGUGUGAUUCAGUAGGGAGUGGCGAUGAUAAAAUUGAGGCAACACCAAGAUGUAAACAACCAUGUCUGCUUCUUCUUGUCUGUUUGGGCUAAAGAUUAGGCUGUCCUGGCUUUGGGAGCUUGGUGAGUGGAUGUAUGGCUGGAUCAAAGCUGAAGAACUAUAAAUCUAGGUGCUGUCUUUGCAUUUUA